UAAAUCCCAGUUAGGGUUUAUUCUCUUCUUCACCUCCAGCACCAACAAUGGCGGGUAGUUCUCGAUCUCAAGUUAACAAGUCACACAAGACUCGUUUCGCUUCCAAAUCCUCCCGCAACCUCCACAAAACAUCCACCAAAGAUAAGAGUAAGAUUAGCAAACCUGAUCGCAAUGUGGUUAAGGGAGCUCGGGCUGCUCGACUUCAACGUAAUAAAAUGAUGAGAGAGCAGAAGAGGGCUACCCUUUUGAAAGAGAAAAGGGCUUCUAGUGGAACAACUAGUGCUCCCCGUGUUAUAGUGUUAUUUGGGCUAUCUGCUUCUACAAAUCUAAGCUCACUAGCAAGCGACCUUUUAGCAUUACUCUCAAAUGAGAAUACAGGAAUUCACUUCCCAGCAGUUGCAUCAUCCGAGUAUCGGCUAAGAGCAACGGUCCUACAAGCACCUCAUGGUGAUUUGAUGGCAUGUAUGGAGAUGGCCAAGAUGGCAGAUCUGAUAGUUUUUGUGGCGUCUGCUAACUGUUCAAGCGAGCGCGGUAGUUCCAAUUAUUACGUCGAUGAAUUUGGCUCUCAAUGUCUCUCGGUGUUUAGAUCUCUUGGUUUACCAAGUACUGCUGUUUUUCUUCGUGAUUUACCAUCUGAUUUAAAAAAGAGAAAUGAUUUAAAGAAAGCAUGUGUUUCUAGCCUCUCUUCAGAAUUCCCAGAAGAUUGCAAGUUUUAUCCAGCAGAUACUAAAGACGACUUGCACAAGUUCAUGUUUCUUUUCAAAGAGCAAAGGCCCACGAUACCUCAUUGGCGUACCCAACGACCUUACCUCAUGGCUCACACGGUGGAUAUGGUGGCAGAUGAGUCCGGAAAAUGUACCCUUCGCAUCACCGGCUAUCUUCGAGCCCGCAAUCUUUCCGUAAACCAGCUAGUUCAUGUAUCAGGCGCUGGGGAUUUUCAGUUGGGAAAGAUUGAACUUCUCAAGGAUCCAUGUUCGUUAAACGCUAGAAAAGAUGGGGAUUUCAUGGAUGCAGAUGAAGUAAAUGAUUUACAAGUUAUCAAAACUUUACUCCCGGAUCCGAUGAAGCAAGAGCCUUUACUUGUUGAAAACAUACCCGACCCUCUUCAAGGGGAACAGACAUGGCCAACAGAGGCAGAAAUGGAAGAAGCUGAUAGAUUACAUAAAGAAAAGAAGCAUAAAAAACGGUCUCUUCCCCGGGGUACUUCCGAAUACCAGGCUGCUUGGAUCGUGGAUGAAUCUGACGUGUCAGGUACAGAAAGCGAUGAUGACGGUUCGGAAAAUGGCAUGGUGGUUGAUGAGGGAGAACAUGACGUUACUGGUCAAAGUGAAGGUGGGAAGUUUGACCAUGAGUUUGACCAGGCUUCACUCAACCUUCGGGAUUCUGAUGAAGAAACCGAAGCUGAUUCUAUGAUGAUGGAUAAUGAUAAUCUGACGAAGGAGCAGAUAGAAGAAGAUAUUCGAAAAAUAAAAGAGGCACAUGCUGAAGAUGAGGAGUUUCCUGAUGAAGUGGAUGCUCCAGUUGACAUUCCCGCUAGGAAACGGUUUGCUAAAUACAGAGGCCUUAAGUCGUUUCGGACAUCUUCAUGGGACCCUAAGGAAUCACUACCUCCAGAAUACGCCAGAAUUUUUGCAUUUGAUAAUUUUACUAGAACACAUAAGCACGUUCUGUCUAAAGCUAGAGACAUGGAACAAGGAAAUCCAGAUGAAUGUGUGCUUGCAAAUUCUUACGUGGCACUUCACAUCAGCCAAGUCCCGGUUCAUAUUGCUUCAAAAUUAUGCGCUCUCGGGAAGACGAUGCCGGUCAUUGCAUGUGGUCUUUUGCAACAUGAAUCAAAGAUUUCUGUUCUGCAUUUUAGGUUAAAGAAACACGAGACAUACACUGAUCCCAUAAAAGCCAAAGAAGAACUAAUAUUUCAUGUUGGCUUCCGACAGUUUAUCACAAGGCCAACUUUUGCGUCCGACAAUUUUAACUCAGACAAGCAUAAGAUGGAAAGAUUUUUACACGCAGGAAGAUUUUCUAUAGCUUCAGUAUAUGCACCAAUUUCUUUUCCUCCUCUUCCUUUGAUUGUUUUGAAGAGUAGAGGUGAUUCUCUUGCACCCGCGUUGGCUGCUGUUGGCUCGUUAAAAAGUAUCGACCCUGAUAAAAUUAUUUUGAAAAAAAUCAUCUUAACCGGUUAUCCUCAACGUGUUUCAAAGUCGAAAGCUGCAGUCAGAUAUAUGUUCCAUAAUCCAGAGGAUGUGAAAUGGUUCAAGCCUGUGGAAGUUUGGACAAAAUUGGGUCGCCGUGGUCGGAUUAAAGAGCCCGUUGGUACACAUGGUGCGAUGAAGUGCUUAUUGAACGGUGUUCUCCAGCAGAAUGACACGGUAUGCAUGAGUUUAUUUAAGCGAUCAUAUCCCAAGUGGCCGGAACAUUGGUUCCCGAUGUCCGCUUGACCCGUCCAUUCUUCGCUACGGUUCCUUGGAUGCACGCACGUGUGUGUUGGACAUGGUGAUGGAAUGAAGCUUUGGUUCAGAUUGAUUACUUGUGGCUGCUGCUGCUGCUGCAACUGUAAUCUCUUCUCCAUUAUCCUCCUGCCUAAAGGUUGGUGGAUCAUGAAAAAGUUUUGGUUGUAUAUUAUUUAUUAUAUUAUAUUCUCUUUAUUGUAUCGUAUUUGGUGAUUACAAUAUGAUUCUUUUGAGUGAAGUGUUCUAAUGUCAAAUUGAUUGUAAUUGAAUGGUUUAUAUUGCUUUUUAUAUU